GCGGCAGCUGCAAUGGCGGCCGCAGCCUUUCAGCAACGUCAACAGCAGCGCCACCAGCAGCUGCAGCAUCAACAAGAACAGCAACAACAACAAAAUGAAUUUCACCAACGCUUGCAGGCGCAACACUUGUUGCCGCCACCACCGCCGCCGCCGCCACCGCCGCAUAUGGCUUGGCCACCGUUGAACGGUGGUGGAAUGGGUGCCAUCUUGCCGCCAUCACUCAAUCAGCAAUUUCAACAACAUCAACAGCAGCAGCAGCACCAGCAACAACAUCAUCGUUCACCGGUGGUGCCUUCGUUGCCACCACCGCCACUGUUGCAUGGCGUUCACGACAUGCCGCAUCUGAAUAUUGGCGAUGCGCCGUUAUAUCACCAACAGGCUAACCAUAUUGGGGACACAGGACUGAUGCCGCUCCCGCCGCCGCCGCGCUUCGGUGGUCCGCCAUCAAUGCAAACAAUGCCGCCCACACAUACAAAUCAACGCCAGCCAUAUUUUGAUUUUUUCAACAAUAAAAUGGGUCUGCUGAAUUGAUGGUCAAUGUAGUAGCUGAAUAGACGACCAAGUGUGGCUGAGUUAGUGUGAACGGCAAACGAAAUGUGGCUGAAUCGUUAUAGCUGCAGCUGAAUACGCUGGUAGCACACGCAGUGCUCUCAAUGUCUAUAGGACGCUUAGCUGAAUGGAAAUAUUAUCCAGCUGAAUAACAAAAAUAAACUUAGUCAGCGAUCGUUAAAAAAAAAAUGCAAAGCUUUGUAAGCGCAGGCAAAUUCGAAUAAUUUUUUCUGCAAAGAAAACCAGUCAAUAUGAAUUUAUAAGACACAAAAGGGAAUUCCUCACUUAAGCGCGUACUUAAGAUCGAAUUUAAUUAAUGUUUAGCUGAAUAAUUUUCAUUGCAUUUUCGAAAUUACAUAGUGCAUAUGUAUGUAUGUAUGUAGUGAUUCAACAAUCAAGCGAGUAUUGUUUACUUUAUUUUUUAUACAAACUGUAUUUGAUUUAAAAUAGAGUUUCGAAAAGUUUAAAAAAUAUCAUUUUAAAUAAUUUUGUGCAGGCACAGAAGCUCGUUGCGAUUAUACGCGUACAUAUUUUUUAAUAACAAAAAAAAAAGUGUAAUCGAAUGAUAACUGCUUUUGUAAAGAACAUAUAUGUACAUCCAUAUUUCUGCCGGUCAUUUUCGGAUUCCUAAAUUAAGAAUCGUUAUUAUUCAACUUCUUUAAGCAAUUUAAAAACCUUUCGUUGUAACGAAUUUAUUAGGAUCGUUAAUUAUUAUUUUUUAAUUUUAUUGUACACUAUGUAGUGUUUGAAUGAGCCCUUUAUUGUUAUGAUUAAUUUUUUAGUUUCAACUUUUUCAGAGCAUAAAAUAAGUUCUUCCACUUUCUUGUUUAUUUUUUUGUAAAUUUUCUUAUUCACUGGCAACCUCGCUAGCCAGUACCACAUGAAUACUCGUUUCGAAAUUACGUUUCAGUUUAAGCAUUUAAUUAUUAUUAUUAUUAUUAUUUUUAAGUUUAAAUUAAUGGAGAAAAGAAGUAUUUUACGUUUUAACUAAUUUUGGUGUUUUAUUUUUAGUUGCUACUCAAACCAAACUUUCGCGCAAAAUUUUGAAUUUUGCGUUAAAGUUGAAGGAACUCAAGCAAUCGAAUUGAUAGAAAGUUCUUCAGACAGUAGGAAAAAAGUUGGGCUGGGUAUUUUAGCAAUUACGUGAAAAUUUAGAGAGUCAAAUUAUUGUUUAUUAAAUUUUC